ACAGACGCAAAAUGAACAGGGCGGACUGCGUAUCCCACAAUUCAACGCGUCGUGUCGCACGAUGAUGACGUGGCGCGCGUCUCAUUUCAUUGUCUGCACUUUUGCUUUGGUGGAUGAAAACGACUCUCGAAACCGAUUGAACGUUCUCGUGCGCUGAUUGGACGUUCCUGCCACGAUGUCCCAGCAAGCGGGGCCCUCUUCUGCCGACUCCCCGGCUCUGGUGGUCACCACCAACGUGCAGAAAUACGCCAUGAAGAAGAAGAAGAUCCUGAACGCCGAAGAGAGUGAGCUGUAUGAGCUGAGCCAGGCUGCGGGCGUCACCGUGGACCAGGAGGUCUUCAAGAUCAUUGUGGACUUGCUGAAGAUGAACGUGGCCCCCCAAGCGGUCUUCCAGACUCUGAAGGCCAUGUGUGCCGGCCAGAGGGUCCCCGAGAGCAGCGACGGCGGCGGCAUCCCCUCCACGAAGGCGGAGGCCAGAGCCCCAGAUGAGAGUUCGAGCUCCGGGAAGAAUCCUAAGAUGCCUGCGGGUGCCCCCGCGGCGCCCGGACCCCGAAGCGCCAGGGUCGGCGCCAAGAUGGCGGCCUACGGCGCCCAAGACGUCGGAAGCGCUCCUCACGCUCAAGCAGUGCGAAGCAAAGCGACGAGCGCCGCCGACAAGGCGCGCGAGGGGUCUGGCCAACGGGCGCAGCGUCAGCCCAGCGCCAACAGGGGGCAGAAGACCAAGAGCUCAGGAAGCAGCAGCUCCUCCUCGCAGAUGUAAAUACUGCUCUAAUAUAGCACCGUUCAUGUGCAGCUUAUUCUAAUACACGCAAACCACUGACAGUAAGUUAGACAUUCAACACGUCCUGUUGUAGAUCAGUGUUUCCCAACCUUUGAGGCGAGGGCGCACAUUUUACAUUGGAAAAAACGUCCCGGCCAACUCAAAUUUUGAAUCGUGGCAAAACCUACGGCGGACUGAGCCGGCCGUUUAUUUAAAACAAACCAAAACAGUUGCCAAAGCCCGCAGACUGCGCGACAGUUCAGUCGGGCUGCGUCGCGUCGCGUCGCUCGGCGUGAAAAUGGACGACUUCCUGCAACACGCCUGAUCUGGCGCAGCACGCAGUGGUUGGGAAUCACUGCUCCGCAUUCCUGUAGUUAGUUAGAAAAAUCAUGUAACAAAUGACACAUGUGCAUUGACCGUGUGAGUCUUUAAAUAUUGUGCAACAUAUUUUUCAUAAUAAACUUUGAAAUGAC